GCCACUAAUGGAGCCAAGAAGCAAGAGGUUCGACCAAUUGGUUUUUCGUUCGCAAAAUAUUUGCGAAUUUGCCUCCGAAUCGGAGGAGCUGACUACAAUUCUGCACCGUGCGUACAAUAACAUCAUGGCCGAGAUGGAAGCAUUAAAAGCCAAAAGGAAUGGGACAUCUUCUUUAUCCCACGAAGACGCCAACUUGGAAUCCGUUAACGAGCUUCAAAGCCCGCCAAGGAUUCGAACAAGAGGACGUCCAAAAAACAGGCUAGGUUCAAAGCUGGAGAAACAGAUCGCAAAUGCCACAAAGAAGAAGAAGACGAAAGUUUUAAGCGAGAUAAACCUGUUUGAUGCUACAUCAGCGGCGCAUUCAAAUUCCAGCCAAUAUCAAGGACACGUUAUGAAUUAUCAGUUCAGGGUACAAGCAGCAGGGGAUAACUCUUUGGGUGUAUAGUUUUAUAGAAUAUGGGUGUAAAAGCACUGUUCUUUUGGGUGUAUUUUUGUUAAUUCACAAUUUACAUAUAGACACAUAUUUAGAUACAUAUAGAACAAAAGCUGUAAAAAUUCGCAGGUUAUGGGUGUAUAUUUGAUUUGAUGUUUUUCUUCAUAUUUUAGUACAUGUAAUU